AAGAUGGCGGCUAGUUUGCAAGUUGCAAGAACACAAGGUCUAUUAUGGCGAAGGCUUUUCACCGGAAUCAAAACAUACGAGACUAACGCCGUGUUGUUGAGAAAUAUUUCAACAUCAAAGAAGAACGAAUCAAAUGGCCUCAGAGGAUCAAAGAGCAAGAGGAAAAAUAUUGUUUUGGUCGAUGGCGUGCGUACACCAUUCUUGGUUUCGGGUUCUGAUUACAAAGACAUAAUGGCUCAUGAUUUGGCUCGAGGUGCACUGCAAGGCCUUUUGAAGCGAACUGGUUGUCCAAAAGACGUUGUCGAUUACAUUGUGUUUGGUACUGUCAUUCAAGAAGUGAAGACAAGCAACGUAGCUAGAGAAGCUGCCUUAGGUGCAGGAUUUUCCGACAAGAUUCCUGCUCAUACCGUCACAAUGGCGUGCAUAUCGUCAAAUCAAUCAAUCACGUCAGCAAUGGGACUACUAGCCAGUGGUGGAGCGGAUGCAGUCAUUGCUGGUGGUGUUGAAACUAUGUCUGAUGUGCCAAUCAGAGUAAAUCGCUCCUUGAGAAAGAUAUUGCUGUCUUUGAACAAAGCCAAGACAUUGGGUGCAAGAUUGGGUUUACUUUCCUCUAUUAGACCAAAACAUUUUUCACCUGAGCUACCAGCUGUGGCUGAGUUCUCCACCAACGAAACAAUGGGACACAGCGGUGACAGGCUUUGUGCAUCAUUUGGUGUGACACGAAAAGAGCAGGACGAGUUUGCCCUGCGAUCACAUACCUUGGCUGAUCAAGCAACGAAGGCUGGUAAUCUGUCUGAUUUAUUGGACUACAAAGUGCCAGGCAAACCUGUUAUUGUAAGCAAAGACAACGGUAUCCGUGUUUCCUCGUUAGAGAAUAUGGCAAAACUGCGACCAGCAUUUGUCAGACCUUAUGGAACCGUUACUGCGGCAAAUGCUUCAUUUCUGACUGAUGGUGCAUCUGCGUGCCUUCUUAUGACAGAAGAGAAAGCACUCGCGUUAGGUCUUAAACCAAAAGCAUAUCUGAGGGAAUAUGUUUACGUAUCUCAAGACCCAAAAGAUCAACUUCUGCUUGGACCAGCUUAUGCAACCCCUAAGGUUUUGGAAAAAGCAUCUCUAAAGUUGACAGAUAUUGAUGUGUUUGAGUACCAUGAAGCGUUCGCUGGACAAGUCUUGUCUAAUUUGAAAGCGAUGGAUUCAGAUUGGUUUGGCAAAAAUUAUAUGGGAAGAAAAGAAAAGGUUGGCACGAUUCCUAUGGAUAAGUUGAACACGUGGGGAGGAUCACUUUCCAUUGGUCAUCCGUUCGGCGCUACGGGUGUACGUCUUGUUACAACCGCCGCCAACAGGUUGAACAGUGAAGAUGGAAAAUAUGCUUUGGUUGCUGCUUGCGCUGCUGGUGGACAGGGCCAUGGGAUGGUGGUGGAGAGAUACGCUUCGUAACCUGUGACAGUGACGUCGAAUUUGAACUGUGCAUGAUGUAUAGCGUGCUUAUCAUGUAUGCAUGCACUAGUAUUUUUACACAAUACUUCUGUACAAAAUAAAUCUUUGAAUAAGUCUUUGCACUUGA